GCGAUGGUCAUUCUUGAGAAAAGUAUAAAUGGAGCGAGCUGACACCGGCCUCAUCAUCACUGCUUCUUUGCAUCACUGAAAGAAGAGACCAGUGGGAGAUAGAAGAUUGCAGCCAAUACCUUUGUAUAUCGUGGAAACCAAUCAAGCCGAGUCAUGAAGAUAGUUGUGGUAUUUCUAUUUCUCUUUGGACUGGCCCUCAGCAUUCAAGCUGCCAGAAUUCCAGAAGAUGCAAAGCAGGCUGAAGACCCAUCUGCAAUUGAAAUGGACGCCAGUGACGACGAAAGCGACGAAGGGUUAAUGGACCCAAAGCAAGCAGAAGACUCAAUUGCAGUUGAAAUGGACGCCAAUGACGACGAAAGUGAUGAAGCGGCAAUGGAUGCAAGCAUGGCCUAUCAAAAAGGAUACGGCACUUACUACCGAAAAGGCUACGGCAAAGGCUACGGGAAACGAUACGGCAAAGGCUACGGUAGAGGCUACGGGAAACGAUACGGCAAAGGCUACGGUAGAGGCUACGGGAAACGAUACGGCAAAGGCUACGGCAGAGGCUAUGGGAAACGAUACGGCAAAGGCUACGGUAGAGGCUACGGAAAAGGGUACGGCAGAGGCUACGGUAAAGGAUAUGGUGGUUACGGAAAAGGCUACGGUAAAGGAUAUGGUGGUUACGGAAAAGGGUACAACAAAGGAUAUGGAAAGUAAAUGCAAGCUGAUUUAGAGAACUAAAAUAAGACUAGUACCAUAUCAAGCUGGACAUGAACAACUUAUGCUUAAAAUGUCUCAAUGUAAAUUAACAUAGAAAUCUGCAGAAUUGUGUAUGAAAUAUUUGUAUAUUCACAUGUA